CGCUGAUGGCUUAUAUUGGGAGAAGGAGAAGAGAACCUACGGCCUCUUCCCAGAACCAAGCACUUCCUCUUCCCAGAUCCAAGCACUUCCUUUUCCUCUCUCUUCUCUUCCUUUCUGUCAGACGGCAGAACCCUUCGUCCAAAAUCUUCGACGGCCGAACCCUUCGUUCUUAGAUCUCUUCCUCUCUCUCAGAUUUGAGAAUCACCGUCUGCCAGUUCUCUUCCUCUCUCUCAGAUCGGCGUUUCGGACGGAGUCACUGAGCUCGGCCGCUACCCACUUUUCGGCGUCGAACCAGUGACCUUCUUUGAGUAAUUUGCAGUCUUGAUGCGGGAUGGAGGAGGACAAAAAGUGAGCUCCUCAUGUGUACACAAAUUUGAAUGCUCAGCACACAACUUGCUGCGUGGAGGAUCUGUCACUGACUUUGGGUGACCACAUCAUUUCUUCUUUGUUCUUCCUGAAGGUGUGUAUUGCUUGCUACUAAUAUUCGCUCAUCAUCUUGUGGAGAAUAGCCUUGCCCCUCCUUAGGCUGGUGGACUCAUUUUGCCUCUGAAGUACUCUCACUGCCAAAGUUUGAUCUAACUUGAUAUUCCUGUUCUCUCUCUCCAUCUUUGCUUUUCUUAUCUCUCGUUGGUACAAUAGUUAUUUCGUUGCUUUUCUACUUGCACAAAAUCCAAAAAACCAAAAAACUAGAAAAAGAAAAAAGAAAAAAGAAUGGAGUUAGUUAUUUCAAUUGUAGCGAAAAUAGCAGAGUACACGGUUGCACCUAUUGGACAGUGGCUAUGCUAUUCAUGCCACUACAAUAGCAACAUGGAGAAUUUGAGGGAUUUUAAGAGAAGUGUGCUAGACUCGAUUGAUGCUGCUUCAAGAAACGGCGAGGAAAUUAAAGAUGAUGUUAAAACGUGGUUGGCAAAGGUGGAUGGUAUUUUACAUCAAUUGGCCACCGAAAUACUUGGUGGAGGUGAAGCAGAAGCAAGUUCGAGGAGCUCUAAUGCGGCAUGCCUAAACUUGAAACAUCGACAUCAAUUAAGUCGGGAAGCAAAGAAGAUCGUGGAAAAUAUUGCCGGACUUCUUAAAAAUGGAGACUUCAGCACAGUCGGUUUUCGUCCCGCUGCGCAAGAAAUUGUGAAUCCAAAAACCAGGGAAUACUUGAGCUUGGAUUCGAGGAUAUCAAUUAUGGAGGGAAUUAUGGAGGCAUUGGGAGAUGCUAAUAUCAAUAGGAUCGGCGUGUGGGGGUUGGCUGGAGUUGGAAAGACUACACUUAUGAAAGAAAUUUUCAAGAAAGCCAAGGAGGAAAGUUUAUUCCAUGAGGUGGCUCUAGCAAAUGUGACGGACACCCCAGAUGUAAUUCGAAUACAAGGAGAAAUUGCAGAGAUGCUAGGUCUAGAGCUUGAUUCUGAAAAAAUUGUAACAGUAAGAGAAGGCCGUCUACGGGCGAGGUUAGAAAAAGACAAUGCGAAGAAGAUACUUGUAAUCUUGGAUGAUGUAUGGAAAGAACUUGAUUUGGAGGAAAUAGGAAUUACUCCUUCCGAAAGAUGCAAAGUACUACUCACAUCCAGAGAUUGGCAGGUACUAGCAAAUGAGAUGUGCACCGAAGAGAACAGCUUUAAACUCGACAUUUUAGGAGAAGAAGAAGCAUGGAAAUUAUUUGAAAAGAUGGCGGGUGAUUCUAUCAAAGAUGAUCAUGAUUUGCAAAAUGAAGCAAUUAAGGUAGCUAAAGCGUGUGAAGGUCUUCCUAUUGCACUUGUAACAGUUUCUAAGGCAUUAAAGAAUAAGAAUUUGAGUACCUGGAAGGAUGCCCUGGUCCAACUAACAAGACCCACUCCAGAACAUGACACAAGAAUAUGGUCACGCGUAUAUUCUUGUAUAGAGCUAAGCUAUAUACAUCUUGAUGGUAGAGAGGUCAGAUCCCUCUUUUUGCUUUGUGCUCGACAAGGUUACUACAUUUCCUAUCGGGAUUUGUUGAGAUAUGGUUUCGGUCUGCGUUUAUUCUAUGGCAUCGAUACAUUGGAAAAAGCAAGAAACAGGCUAGAGACUUUAGUUAAUAAUCUCCGAGAUUCUUGUUUGCUACUACAAAGUCCACAUAGCUCCGAGGAAUUUUACAUGCAUGAUGUUGUUCGUCGUGUCGCUACAAUAAUUGCAUCAAAUGAUCAUAUGUUUGUCAUGAGAGGCGAUGGUGGGCAAAAAGCAUGGCCAGAUGUGGAUGCACUAAAAAUAUGCGAGGCGCUCUCUAUCCAUGGUGGAGAUCAUAUCCAUAAAUAUCCCAAUAAAAUUGAAUGUCCUAAUUUAAGAUACUUUCAUGUCCAGUGUAAAAAUCGAUAUUUGGCAACCCCAAGCAGUACUUCCUUCCAAGGGAUGGGCAAGCUAGAAGACAUUUUCUUCCAGGGGAUGGACAAGCUCGAAGUUCUAAGUUUGACAAAGAUACAACUUUCAUCACUUUUGUCACUUAGAAACCUACAAACAUUGUGUCUAGAUGAAUGUAACCUGGGAGAUAUUCAUGGGAUUGGAGAACUCAAGAAUUUAGUAAUUCUUAGUCUUGCUCGUUCUGACAUUUCAAAUCUGCCAACAGAAAUAGGGUUGUUGACUCGUUUGCGGUUAUUGGAUUUGAGCAGUUGUUACGAACUUAAAGUGAUUCCUCCUAAUGUCUUGUCAAGCUUGGUCAACUUAGAAGAGUUGUAUAUGCGAAAUAUCACUGUCCGAUGGGAGGUUGAAGGACCCAGCAAUGAAGGAAAAAAUGCUAGCCUUGCAGAGCUGAAGAAAUUGUCACACUUGAUCACCUUAGAGAUCGAUAUUCCGGAUGCCAACAAUCUACCGAUAGAUUUGUUUACUGAAAAGCUUAAGAGAUACAUGAUAUGCAUUGGAGGUACCUGGUAUCCCAUUUUUAAGGAGUUGGCCUUCUCAAGAAUGUUAAAACUCGAACUGAAUAUGAGCUUCCAAUUAGACUUUGGGAUCAAAAUGCUACUGAAGAGGACAGAAUAUCUUCAUUUAGACGAGUCGAACAUUACGGAGAGUGUCUUAUAUCAAUUAGAUAGAGAAGAUUUUCAACAACUGAAACAUCUCUGUAUCAAAAAUAAUGGUAAUAUUAAGCAUAUCCCUGGGUUGAGGACAUCGGUUGUUGCGUUUCCUAUACUGGAGACAUUUGUUUUGGAAAAUAUGAUAAGCUUGGUAGAAAUUUGUCAGGGUAACCUUCCGUUGGAAUCCUUCAAAAACUUGAAAGUUUUAACGGUGUAUAACUGUGAAAAAUUAAGAUUUAUCUUCUCAUCAUCGAUAGCCAGAGGCCUUUCACUACUUAAAGUAUUGAUGAUAACAAGAUGCAACAACUUGGGUGCAAUAUUCGUGAAAGAAGAAGACGGAAUAGAAGAUCAGGGAGAUAUGAUGUUGUUCGGUCGACUUCAAACCUUGGUGCUAAGGGAUCUUCCAAAGCUCGUGGGCUUCCUAAGCACAAAAGAUUCAUUCAUGCCUGAUUGUAGAGAAACCAAUUCAGAGGACAACCAUGAUCUUCAGUUGCCACUUCUACGUCAUGAUCAGGUUUCAUUUCCAAGCUUGCAAACACUGCGUAUGUUGGGUCUACCCAAAAUAAAAUACGUAUGGAGCUGUGGUCAAGAACCCAAAACAGUUUUCAGAUGUCUCGAGCAAUUGCAAGUACUUGAGAUUAUUGAUUGUGGGGUGGAGGAAAUUGUUGCAGUUGAAAAAGGAGGAGAAGCAGUUGCAAUUAGGACUUUGGUGUUCCCUCAAGUAACCCAGUUGUAUUUUAGAGAUUUACGGAGACUCAAGUGGUUUUACAAAGGAGUGCAUGUUUCAAAAUGGCCGAUGCUGAAAGAGAUGACAAUUCAAGAAUGCCAUAAAGUUGAGAUUUUUGCUUCAAAAGUUGUGAGCUUUGAAAAAGCAGUUGAAGAUCAGAGGCAGUCUGAGAUGUCCAAUAUUAAACAACCCCUUUUCUCGGUGGAUGAGCUCUCGUUUCCGAGCUUGAAGGAGUUGGAUAUUUCGGGCAUGGAUAAGUUGGAAAUUGUAUGGCAGGAUCAAGUUGCCGCGACUUCUUUUCCCAAUAUUCCGAAUGCCAACAAUCUAUCGGCGAAUUUCUUUUUUGAAAAGCUUGAGAGAUACAGGAUAUGCAUUGGAGUUCAAAGCUAUUUAAUGAGGGAGGUAGGCUUGUCAAGAGUUUUAAAACUCAAACUGAAUUUGAGAUUUCAAUUGGACGUUGGGAUCAAAAUGCUAAUGAAGAGAACGGAAUAUCUUUAUUUAGACGAGGAGAACAGUUCUAAGAGUGUCUUAUAUGAAGUAGAUAGAGAAGAUUUUCGACAAUUGAAGCAUCUCCAUAUCCAAAACAAUGGUAAUAUUAAGCAUAUCCUUGAGUCGGGGACAUCGGUUGUUGCCUUUCCUAUCCUGGACACAUUUGUUUUGAAAAAUAUGUUCAGCUUGAAAGAAAUUUGUCAGGACAAACUUCCAUCGGAAUCCUUCAAAAACUUGAAAGUUUUAAAUGUGGAUAACUGUGAAAAAUUAAUAUUUAUCUUCCCAUCAUCGAUAGCCAGAGGCCUUUCACUACUUGAAGAAUUGAAGAUAACAAGAUGCAACAACUUGGGUGCAAUAUUCGUGAAAGAAGAAGAAGACGGAAUAGAAGAUCAGGGAGAUAUGAUGUUGUUCGGUCGACUUCAAACCUUGGUGCUAGAGGAUCUUCCAAAGCUCGUGGGCUUCCUAAGCACAAAAGAUUCAGUCAUGGCUUAUUGUAGAGAAACCAAUUCAGAGGGCAACCAUGAUCUUCAGUUGCCACUUCUACAUCAUGAUCAGCUCUCGUUUCCGAGCUUGAAGAAGUUGGAUAUUUCGAGCAUGGAUAAGUUGGAAAUUGUAUGGCAGGAUCAAGUUGCCGCGACUUCUUUUCCCAAUAUUCCGAAUGCCAACAAUCUACCGGCAAAUAUGUUUUCUGAAAAGCUUGAGAGAUACAGGAUAUGCAUUGGAGUUCAAAGCUACUCUCGGGAUUUUAUGAGGGAGGUAGCCUUCUCAAGAGUUUUAAAACUCAAACUGAAUUUGAGCUUUCAAUUGGACGUUGGGAUCAAAAUGCUACUGAAGAGAUCGGAAUAUCUUUAUUUAGACGAGGAGAACAGUUCUAAGAGUGUCUUAUAUGAAGUAGAUAGAGAAGAUUUUCAACAAUUGAAGCAUCUCCAUAUCCAAAACAAUGGUAAUAUUAAGCAUAUUCCUGAGUUGAGGACCUUUCCUAUCCUGGAGGCAUUUGUUUUGAAAAAUAUGUUCAGCUUGGAAGAAAUUUGUCAGGGCAAACUUCCAUUGUCAUCUUUCAAAAACUUGAAAGUUUUAAAGGUGGAGAACUGUGAGAAAUUAAGAUUUAUCUUCUCAUCAUCGAUAGCCAGAGGCCUUUCACUACUUGAAGAAUUGAAGAUCAAAAGAUGCAACAACGUGGGUGCAAUAUUCGUGAAAGAAGAAGAAGACGGAAUAUAAGAUCAGGGAGAUAUGAUGUUGUUCGGUCGACUUCAAACCUUGGUGCUAGAGGAUCUUCCAAAGCUCGUGGGCUUCCUAAGCACAAAAGAUUCAUUCAUGGCCGAUUGUAGAGAAACCAAUUCAGAGGGCAACCAUGAUCUUCAGUUGCCACUUCUACAUAAUGAUCAGGUUUCCUUUCCAAGCUUGCAAACACUACGUAUGACGGGUCUACCCAAAAUAAAGUACGUAUGGAGCUGUGGUCAAGAACC